UGAGAAUGCGUUCCGGGAUGUAACAGCUGGCUCUCGGAGUUGCGACACUGAAUUUUAGCAUAUAAAUACGCGGGGGACUCAAAGGAGAGAAUACCUGAGGAGAGCGGGCACAAACUAAGGGAGUUUACGUCAGCACGGAGCGGAGGGAGACACGGGAGCGUGGCAGGAGGGACGCUCGAGCAAACCCAACCGACACCGCACGCAGAAAUGGCGGAGCACCACGCAGCCAGCGACGGCAAGCACAAAGCGUCCACCAAUGCCGGGGGCUCGGUGCACGGGAACAGCCGACCCGGCGCCGCUGGAGGAGGAGGGGGCAAAGGAGGCCUGUCUGGCGGACUGACACAGCCAGCAGGGUGGCAGUCUUUACUCUCGUUUAGCAUUCUUUUUCUGGCCUGCCUGGCGGGAUUCAGCUCCAGACUUUUCGCGGUGAUCCGGUUCGAGAGCAUCAUCCACGAGUUUGAUCCAUGGUUCAACUACAGAUCAACACACCACCUCACCACAAACGGCUUCUACGAGUUCCUCAACUGGUUUGAUGAAAGGGCCUGGUACCCCUUGGGCAGGAUCGUUGGUGGCACAGUGUACCCGGGAUUAAUGGUGACUGCCGGCCUCAUUCACUACGUGCUCAACCUGCUCCACAUCACGGUCCACAUCCGUGACGUGUGUGUCUUUCUGGCACCGGUGUUCAGCGGUCUGACCGCCAUCUCCACCUUCCUGCUGACACGGGAGCUGUGGAACCAGGGUGCAGGGCUGCUGGCGGCCUGCUUCAUUGCCAUCGUCCCUGGAUACAUCUCGCGCUCCGUCGCUGGCUCUUUCGACAAUGAGGGCAUCGCCAUCUUCGCCCUGCAAUUCACCUACUAUCUCUGGGUGAAAUCAGUGAAGACAGGCUCGGUAUUCUGGACCAUUGGCUGCUGUCUCUCCUAUUUCUACAUGGUGUCGGCAUGGGGAGGCUAUGUCUUUAUUAUCAACCUGAUCCCUCUCCAUGUGUUUGUGCUGCUGCUGAUGCAACGCUACAGCAGAAGAGUCUACAUUGCUUACAGCACUUUCUACAUCGUGGGUCUAAUACUGUCAAUGCAGAUCCCAUUUGUCGGCUUCCAGCCAAUCAGAACCAGCGAACACAUGGCUGCUGCUGGUGUGUUUGCACUCCUCCAAGCCUACGCCUUCCUGCAGUACCUGAAGGACAGGCUGACCAGACAGGAGUUUCAGACACUUUUCUUCCUCGGGGUCUCUCUCGCUGCCGGCGUGGUCUUCCUCACUGUCAUCUAUCUCACAUACACAGGAUACAUCGCUCCGUGGAGUGGUCGUUUCUACUCUCUCUGGGACACCGGCUACGCCAAGAUCCACAUCCCCAUCAUCGCGUCGGUGUCGGAGCACCAGCCAACGACGUGGGUGUCUUUCUUCUUCGACCUCCACAUCCUGGUCUGCACGUUCCCGGCAGGCCUCUGGUUCUGUAUCAAGAACAUCAACGAUGAACGAGUGUUCGUGGCCCUUUAUGCCAUCAGUGCGGUCUAUUUUGCCGGUGUGAUGGUGCGUCUGAUGCUGACUCUGACGCCGGUGGUGUGCAUGCUGUCUGCGGUGGCUUUCUCCAGCGUCUUUGAGCAUUACAUGGGAGAUGACACAAAGAGGGAGAAGCCCCCCGCUGAAGACAGCAGCGACGAGGACGACAAGAGGAAUUCCGGCAAUCUUUACGACAAGGCUGGCAAGGUGCGCAAGCAUGUGUCAGAGCAGGAGAAGGCCGAGGAGGGUUUGGGUCCAAACAUCAAGUCCAUCGUCACCAUGCUCAUGUUGAUGCUGCUGAUGAUGUUCGCUGUCCACUGCACCUGGGUCACCAGCAACGCCUACUCCAGCCCCAGCGUGGUGCUCGCCUCGUACAACCACGACGGGACGCGUAACAUCCUGGAUGACUUCAGGGAGGCGUACUACUGGUUGAGACAGAAUACAGACGAGCACGCACGCGUCAUGUCGUGGUGGGACUACGGCUACCAAAUAGCCGGCAUGGCCAACAGGACCACACUGGUGGAUAACAACACAUGGAACAACAGUCAUAUAGCACUGGUGGGGAAAGCCAUGUCGUCCAACGAGACCGCAGCCUACAAAAUCAUGAGGUCGCUGGACGUGGACUACGUUCUGAUUAUCUUCGGAGGUGUGAUCGGCUACUCGGGAGACGACAUAAACAAGUUCCUGUGGAUGGUGAGGAUAGCGGAGGGAGAGCAUCCCAAAGACAUCAGGGAGAGCGACUACUUCACCCCUCAGGGAGAGUUCAGAGUGGACAAGGCCGGUUCACCAACUCUGCUCAACUGCCUCAUGUACAAGAUGUCCUACUAUCGAUUUGGUGAAAUGCAGCUGGACUUCCGGACGCCUCCCGGCUUUGACCGAACGCGCAACGCAGAGAUCGGCAACAAGGAUAUCAAGUUCAAGCACCUGGAGGAGGCGUUCACCUCGGAGCACUGGCUGGUCAGGAUCUACAAGGUGAAGAACCUGGACAACAGAGAGCCGCUGGACCACAAGCUUCGCAGUGUAGUGCCCAAGCAGAAGUACACCUCCAAAAAGACCGCCAAGAGGAAGCGAGGACACAUCAAGAACAAGCUCGUCCUGAGGAAAGGCAAGAAGCUACAAAAAAAAUAAUGACGACCGCGAUGAACUCUUCUAGGAAAACAAACAAAUGCGAAGAAACCUCGAACAACCAAUGAAGAAGAACACAGGGGCCGUUAAUCCGGCACUUGGUCUCAAGCGCUUCUCAUUAGAGCGCCCCGGUGUGGUGAGGAAGUUGAAGUGUCAUAUCUGGCUCGCUCCAGAACCGUUGUCCGUUUUAUCCUGAGGAUCUUUGUCUUGCUUAUUUUCUCCUGUUUUUGUUUUUCUGAUUUUUUUUUUCUUUUUUACUUUGUACUUGAAUGUGUGGCAAGGCAUAGGGCUGCUCUACUUGGUUUGGCGUCGAUUCAUUUUUGUGGUACGUUGAUUAACUGCUUAUCAGUGCGGGGAUCGGGGUGAGAGGAGGUGGAGGGGGAACGAGAGAAGACUAGGAACAUUUGCACCAAAGACCCAUCGACCUUGCUCCAUGGCACAUGUGAACUCAUUACUGAGAGUGAGGAAGCGCAGGAGAGAAAGCUGAGGACUUGUUCCUGACACGUGUACAGAGGACAGUAUGCGGUAUGGAGGAACGUCACCGUCUAGGCACAGUCCGUCUGUAAUAUUAACCUUUUUAUCAUCAUCAUCUCCAACAUGUCUGCCUGGCUCCCCAACCUUCGUUUUCAGCAAAUUCGUUAGAAAAAAUUGGCCUAAUAUGUAAAUAUGUUAUGUAAAGAAAAUGUCUAAAAGGAUGAUAAUAUAUUGGAUUAUUGUGGUGAUUUUUAAAUAUGCGGUUUUUGUUAUUCUCUUAAUUUCUUUAUGUGAUUGUUUUCGGUUUUGGGUUUUUUUGUAUGACAGCGAAUAGAACAGUGAAUGCAAUAAUUCUUGUACAGAGGGGCUCGAGAUUCUGUUGAAGGAAUGAAUGUGAAUUUUUACAAUGUUCCCCCCGAACCUGUGCGCCGUCGUCUCAGUCGAUCUCCUCGUGUAAUACCGACAUCAGCAAAUAAAAACUGAGCUUUUUAAAGAAAUGGGUGUAGAAUUUAAAGUAAAAGGCUCAAAAUUCAGUUUUUCAUUCCUGGUGUUAAUAUUAAUCCUCAGUGGGGAGUCAUUAUCAAGAGGAAUUACACUUGUGAAUGAAAAAACAGAAUUUCAAGCCAUUUAAUGUCAGAUGAUUUCUUUUUUCCAAUUUGAGUGACAUUUUUAUAAAAGCCCCGUGUUUCAUUUUCUGAUCCACUGAGACGAAGGUGCACAGAGUCCCCUGGCCUCCUCUUUUUCAUAAAUUGCAUAGAUUGUACAUUUCUGCUGCUAGGGUUUUAAAGACGGAGGCAAGCAACUGUGUGUAAGAAGUAGUGAUAAUAAAUUAGACCUCCCUUCCUGCAGAGGGAGCUCUCUAGUUCAGUGUGCAAAGCCUAGUGCCUCAUGGCUGGUCAUCAUCGCCUCAUUCAUUUGUGACCGUCUCUGCUUUGUUAGCGUUUUGUUUUAGCUCGUCACGUAUCGAUGCAGCGGGUUGGGUGCUUCGACCAGACUGAGGCAUUGGAUAAUGGACAUAUUGAAGAUGUCUGGAACUAGACUGGUGAACUGUGAAGGGGGGUGGUUAGUACGCAGGCACUGAAACUUCCAUUGUUGUCUGUGACUACGGUGGUCUGACAACCAUCUGUAGGCUUCUUUAGAGCUGUGUCCUAAUUCCAUACAGCAUGCAAGUCUUAGAGGGUUUGUGGCGGAUUCACACUACAGAAUUAACUGCUUUUCUCAAAUAUGUCAGUGAGCAUUAGGGCUGCAGCUAAGUGUUAUUAAUUCAUUAAUGAGCUUUGUCUAUAAAAUGUCAGUUUUCCAGAAGUCAGUGAAAUCUUAGUCUUAAAAUUAAGUCUUUAAAUAUCUUGUCUAGUCCGAUCAAACAUCCAAAACCCAGAAAAGCAGUAAAUCCUCACACUGAAGAAGCUGAAACAAGCCAAAUAGCAGCAUUAUUGCUUGAAAGAUGACUGAUUUCAAUCUGAUUGGAAUUGAUUGUCAAUAUAGUGCCAGUUAAAGGGGGGUAUUCCACCGGGUUUGUUCCAUAAAGGGACGAUCUUUAACUUUUAGUCCACAGCAUGAGUCAAGAUCCAAAAAGGCUGGAUUCUACAUUUCCCAUGAUGCAGCUCACUGGUGUCUUAUAUUACACUACCCAUGUCUAGUAAAGCCCUAACCCUAACCUUCCAAACCCCCCAUCCUCAGUGUGCACCUCAGGUUUUCUGUAAAUAAAUAAAAUUAAAAAAAAAAUACCAAUCCGAAAUAAACGCAGUGAUAUUACAGUUGCUUCAUGUGUGAAAUUGGUGGAAUGGCCCUUUAAUUUUCCAUCAAUCGACUGAUUAUUUCUCCAGUGAGGAUCCUGGAUUAGAUCGAUUUUUGAGGGGACACAUGCUGAAUCUGCUCCAUGGAAAAAAAAAAAAAACUCAUUCCCUA